GGGAUGGAGGGCGAGCGCCUGGCAUCUCAGGCGCGCUCCUCCGGCCUCCCGGCUGGGGGCGCCACGGGGGAGAGCCCGGGGGUCGACGCCCCCCUCCUGGGCAGCAGCGGCUCCUCUGCCCUGCUGCAGGCCGAGGUGCUGGAUCUGGACGAGGACGAGGACGACCUGGAGGUGUUCAGUAAGGAUGCCUCACUGAUGGACAUGAAUUCCUUCAGCCCUAUGAUGCCAACAUCCCCUCUGUCAAUGAUAAAUCAAGUCAAGUUUGAAGAUGAGCCAGAUUUGAAAGAUCUCUUCAUUACAGUUGAUGAACCUGAAAGCCAUGUUACUACAAUUGAAACUUUCAUUACUUACAGGAUUAUUACUAAGACAUCUCGUGGGGAAUUUGACUCCAGUGAAUUUGAAGUUAGGAGACGUUAUCAAGAUUUCCUUUGGUUGAAAGGAAAACUUGAAGAAGCACACCCCACUCUGAUUAUUCCACCGUUGCCUGAGAAGUUUAUCGUGAAAGGAAUGGUGGAACGCUUUAAUGAUGACUUCAUCGAGACACGCAGGAAGGCACUGCAGAAAUUCCUGAACCGAAUUGCUGAUCAUCCAACUUUAACAUUUAAUGAAGACUUCAAAGUGUUUCUUACUGCACAAGCUUGGGAACUGUCUUCUCACAAGAAGCAAGGGCCUGGAUUGCUCAGCAGGAUGGGGCAGACAGUCAGAGCUGUCGCGUUAUCAAUGAGAGGAGCGAAAAGCCGCCCGGAGGAGUUCAUGGAAAUGAAUAACUUUAUUGAAAUAUUUAGCCAGAAAAUAAAUUUGAUAGAUAAAAUAUCUCAGAGAAUUUACAAGGAAGAAAGGGGUAUGUAGAAUCACUGGAAUGUGAUCACAAAGUUGUUCAGUUUCUGACAGAUCUUCCCAUUUGCUGGUGUAGUAAAGCCACGUGAAGUUAGCAUUUCUUCCUGGUUCUCUCUUAAGACUUCCGUCUCUCUGCUUACAGUCCGCAUCUGUUCUUGCAUGCCGUUUACUUUCUCCAUUAGAGCGUUGCUUUAAAUUCCUGGUCUGAUCUUUUCAAGGUCCCUGCCCUGUCCGAUUCUGAUGCUUGCUUGUCUCUUUAAAUUAUCUUUUUUAUUUGCCUUUUAUUAUGCCUUGUGGUUUUUUUUUCCUUAAUAGCCAGACGUGCUGCUGGGUAAAAGGAACUGCUGUAAACAGGCCUUUAGUAAUGCUCUAAGUAAGGCAUGGGGGAGGAGAAAGCUUCUAUAGUUUUAAAUAUAGAAGAGUUCUAUAGUUCUAAAUAUAGAAGAAAUUGUUAUACCUGACAGGUUCUAUAGUUUUGCCAUCAGGUCUCAGUCUUUUAGUGAGAGCCUGUGCUUCUGGACUGUGAACUUCACGAGUUUCUCAGUUUUCCCCUCCCUGCUUCGUGGGGACAGAAUGGACAGAGUGGGCUGGAGUUGAGUAUCUUCCUUUCUCUGGUUAACUAGUGUCCCCUGAGGGCAGGCCUUUGUUGAGAAGAACAGAUGCUCUGGCUAUUUCAAAAUGGUUCAUUUUCCCUUGCAAGAAGCAGGAGUGGUUUUUAUUCAGUAUUUACUGUGGGAACCUCGUUGAGCUCCUCCGGGUAAAUCCCACAAUAUUGUGGGGGCCCCCCAUGACUGGGUCCUCCUGAAGGUUUUAACUCUUAAAGUUGUCCACCCUGAGCCCCCAGCAGUCCCUCAGUCACAGUUGCAGUCUCCCCACCCCAGCAGUGGGUGGCUGGAGGUGGUUCCGCUCUUUAGUGUACGCCCAGGAACCCACAAUUCCUUGUAUUCACCUGUCUUUCCAACCUUGAGGGCAAUGGUUUGUCCUGUGUCCUCUCCUAUCUUCCAGAGUCAAGGAAAGGUGUUCAUUUUUCAGUCUCUUCAGCAUUUUACUUGUUAAGACUGAGGAGUGAUGUCUAAGCUCCUUACAUGAGGAAUCACAUAACAUUAAGUUAGAAUUUCACCUUCAAGUGUGGCUUAUGCCCAGACCUACUGAGAACAUCUUUGAUUUCUAUACGAUUUUGAAGGUAGUCAUGGCCAGUCCCCAUUUGCGUUAAUCAAUCACUAGCUAUUCUUGUUCCCAUUUUUAAAGUAAUAGUGGCAAAGUAAGCCCUGAGCUUCAGAUUUUGAAUGUAGUUGUAUGAAGUUGGUCUCAAAUGUACAACAUGGAUCAUAGCUUAAAAUCAAAAAGGUGAUGUUUAAGAAAAUCAGGUUUCCACAUUUCCUAGUGGUAUUUUUGGAACAAGUACUCUCUAUUGGGCCUGUCCCAGCAUGGCAGAGAAAUUUAUAUAUUGGAAAUUAGGUCCCUCUUUCUAUUUUCUGUCACCAUUUCCUUUUUCAAUUUUCUUAUUUUUUUCAGUUUAUAAGUUAGACUUUAUUCCAUGAUGAUUUUUUUUCCAAUUCCAUGAUGACUUUUUGCUAAUUUUCUAAUUGCAUUUAACUACAUUAAAAAUAGGUGGCUAAGUCAAUUUAUAUUACUUCCUAAUAUAAAUUGGUUUGAGAGUCUCUAUAUUGAUGGCUUAUUAUUAUUUUUUUUGUUGUUAUUUUCUGGUUCCCCCAUUAAACAGUAAAUUCCAUCAGAACCAAAAAGGGAAAAGAUUUAUUUUAUUUCUAGUAUCUAGAUAGUACUUAACACAUAGUAGGUGCUCAACUAAAACCUGUUCAAUGAUUGAAAAAAUAAAUGAAUUAGCAUAUCAUUUGGUGGUAGGAAAAUUUGCUUUAUCAAGAAUCAAUUGGUUAUCAAAAGAAAUAUAGAAAAAAUUGUUAUAGCUGAAUGUACGUUUCCCUUUAUCUUUUUUUUCCAAUGCACUGAUACUUGAUGAUGUCAUUGUGGUAACUGAAUAUAGUUUAAUAAUUUCUUUUAAGACUUA